UCUGAGGUCGGGGGUGUGGGAGGGGAUGCAGUGAGUGAGUUGGGUAGGGAAGGGGUGACGGCUAGGUUAACUCCGAGUAUUAGAGGUGCGGGAAGGGGCGAGGAGAGAGGCACUGUGCCCCCAGUCGGCCGUAGACGUCCAGAGAUCGCCCCCGGCGAAGGGAGCCCCGCCCCGCGGCUCCGUCGCAGCCCCGCCCAGGCCCGCAGCGCGGCGCUGCAGCGCGAGGGGCGGAGAGGCAGGUCGCCCAGAGAGGACCAGACGCCCGGGUCGUCCGCAUCCCGCUGCCGCAGGAGAAGCGCCCCGGCCCUGCUCCCCACACUUCGCUCGGGCCCGCUCGGCUGCUUUCUCGGCCCCAGAGACCGAACACCUGUCCUCCCCCUCGGCCGUUGCUGAGCGUUUCCCUACUCCGGAGCACACGCCACCCCUGCAGCCCAAGAAGUGCCCCAGCCCCACGCCGGCGACUACCAUGGCGGAGACCAACAACGAAUGUAGCAUCAAGGUGCUCUGCCGAUUUCGGCCCCUGAACCAGGCUGAGAUUCUGCGGGGGGACAAGUUCAUCCCCAUUUUCCAAGGGGACGACAGCGUCGUUAUUGGGGGGAAGCCAUAUGUCUUUGACCGUGUAUUUCCCCCAAACACGACUCAGGAGCAAGUUUAUCAUGCGUGUGCCAUGCAGAUUGUCAAAGAUGUCCUUGCUGGUUACAAUGGCACCAUCUUUGCUUAUGGACAGACAUCCUCAGGGAAAACUCAUACCAUGGAGGGAAAGCUGCACGACCCCCAGCUGAUGGGAAUCAUUCCUCGCAUUGCCCGAGACAUUUUCAACCAUAUCUACUCAAUGGAUGAGAACCUCGAGUUCCAUAUCAAGGUUUCUUACUUUGAGAUUUACCUGGACAAAAUUCGUGACCUUCUGGAUGUGACCAAGACAAAUCUGUCUGUGCACGAGGACAAGAACCGUGUGCCAUUUGUCAAGGGUUGUACUGAACGCUUUGUAUCCAGCCCAGAGGAAAUUUUGGAUGUGAUUGAUGAAGGAAAAUCAAAUCGUCAUGUGGCUGUCACCAACAUGAAUGAGCACAGCUCUCGGAGCCACAGCAUCUUCCUCAUCAACAUCAAGCAGGAGAAUAUGGAAACCGAGCAGAAGCUCAGUGGGAAGCUGUAUCUGGUGGACCUGGCAGGGAGCGAGAAGGUCAGCAAGACUGGAGCAGAGGGAGCCGUGUUGGAUGAGGCAAAGAACAUCAACAAGUCGCUGUCAGCCCUGGGGAACGUGAUCUCCGCGCUGGCUGAAGGCACCAAAAGCUACGUUCCUUAUCGUGACAGCAAAAUGACACGGAUUCUCCAGGACUCUCUGGGAGGGAACUGCAGGACAACUAUGUUCAUCUGCUGCUCUCCAUCCAGUUACAAUGACGCAGAGACCAAGUCUACCCUGAUGUUUGGGCAGCGGGCAAAGACCAUUAAGAACACUGCCUCAGUGAAUCUGGAGUUGACUGCCGAGCAGUGGAAGAAGAAAUACGAGAAGGAGAAGGAGAAGACAAAGGCCCAGAAGGAGACGAUUGCAAAGCUGGAGGCUGAGCUGAGCCGGUGGCGUAACGGAGAGAACGUGCCUGAGACAGAGCGCUUGGCUGGGGAGGAUGCAGCCUUGGGAACGGAGCUGUGUGAGGAGACCCCUGUGAAUGACAACUCGUCCAUCGUGGUGCGCAUCGCACCUGAGGAGAGGCAGAAGUACGAGGAAGAGAUCCGCCGUCUCUACAAGCAGCUUGAUGACAAGGAUGAUGAGAUCAACCAGCAGAGCCAACUCAUAGAGAAACUCAAGCAGCAGAUGCUGGACCAGGAAGAGCUACUGGUGUCCACCCGAGGAGACAACGAGAAGGUCCAGCGGGAGCUGAGCCACCUGCAGUCAGAGAACGACGCUGCCAAGGACGAGGUGAAGGAGGUACUGCAGGCCCUGGAGGAAUUGGCGGUCAACUAUGACCAGAAGUCCCAGGAAGUAGAGGAGAAGAGCCAGCAGAACCAGCUUUUGGUGGACGAGCUGUCCCAGAAGGUGGCCACCAUGCUAUCCCUGGAGUCCGAGUUGCAGCGGCUGCAGGAAGUCAGUGGACACCAGCGCAAACGAAUUGCUGAGGUGCUGAACGGGCUGAUGAAGGACCUGAGCGAGUUCAGUGUCAUCGUGGGCAACGGGGAGAUUAAGCUGCCUGUGGAGAUCAGCGGGGCCAUUGAGGAGGAGUUCACUGUGGCCCGACUCUAUAUUAGUAAAAUCAAGUCAGAAGUCAAGUCUGUGGUCAAGCGUUGCCGGCAGCUGGAGAACCUCCAGGUGGAAUGUCAUCGCAAGAUGGAAGUGACUGGGCGGGAGCUCUCAUCCUGCCAACUCCUCAUCUCCCAGCACGAGGCCAAGAUCCGCUCGCUCACGGAAUACAUGCAGAGUGUGGAGCUUAAGAAGCGGCACCUGGAAGAGUCUUAUGACUCCCUGAGUGAUGAGCUGGCCAAGCUUCAGGCCCAGGAAACUGUGCACGAGGUGGCCCUGAAGGACAAAGAGCCAGACACACAGGAUGCAGAUGAAGUGAAGAAGGCCCUGGAGCUGCAGAUGGAGAGUCACCGGGAGGCCCAUCACCGGCAGCUGGCCCGGCUCCGCGAUGAGAUCAAUGAGAAGCAGAAGACCAUUGAUGAGCUUAAAGACCUGAAUCAGAAGCUCCAGUUAGAGCUAGAGAAGCUUCAGGCUGACUACGAGAAGCUGAAGAAUGAAGAGCAUGAGAAGAGCACCAAGCUGCAGGAGCUGACAUUUCUGUACGAACGACACGAGCAGUCCAAGCAGGACCUCAAGGGUCUGGAGGAGACAGUUGCCCGUGAACUCCAGACCCUCCACAACCUUCGCAAGCUGUUCGUUCAAGACGUCACGACUCGAGUCAAGAAAAGUGCAGAGAUGGAGCCCGAGGACAGUGGGGGGAUUCACUCCCAAAAGCAAAAGAUUUCCUUUCUUGAGAACAACCUGGAACAGCUUACAAAGGUUCACAAACAGCUGGUACGUGACAAUGCAGAUCUGCGUUGUGAGCUUCCUAAAUUGGAAAAACGACUUAGGGCUACGGCUGAGAGAGUUAAGGCCCUGGAGGGUGCACUGAAGGAGGCCAAGGAGGGUGCCAUGAAGGACAAGCGGCGGUACCAGCAGGAGGUGGAUCGCAUCAAGGAGGCCGUCCGCUACAAGGGCUCGGGCAAGCGGGGCCACACUGCCCAGAUUGCCAAACCUGUCCGUCCUGGCCACUAUCCGGCAUCUUCACCCACCAACCCUUACGGCACCCGGAGUCCUGAGUGCAUCAGUUACACCAACAGCCUCUUCCAGAACUACCAGAAUUUGUACCUGCAGCCCACACCUAGUUCCACCUCAGACAUGUACUUUUCUAACUCCUGUGCCAGCAGUGGAGCCACAUCUUCUGGAGGCCCCUUGGCUUCCUACCAGAAGGCCAACAUGGACAAUGGAAAUGCCACAGACAUCAAUGACAAUAGGAGUGAUCUGCCAUGCGGCUAUGAGGCUGAGGACCAGGCCAAGGUUUUCCCUCUCCACCAAGAGACAGCAGCCAGCUAAUGUCCCACACCAACUGCUACGUACCUGCACUUUCAGUUUCUAUGAGGGCCUGAGGCCUCUUCUUUCAGCAUGCUGCAAACCUGUGGUCUCUGAUACUAACUCCCUCCCCAGCCCCUGUUGGACUGUACUACGUUCGAUGUCUUCUCUUCCUUACUCUGUAUCUCUUUGUACUCUGUAACUAUAUAUCAAAAGCUGCUGCUAUAUUUCUCUUCCCUCUGUCUUACUAUAAGUAUCUGAUGAUGUAUUUAGCAAGUUCUAGGCAUAGGUUACCCUCCUUAUUUGGAGCAAUAGGGAGGAGGGUGAAUGUUUCUUUCUCUCUUAUAUAUUCGUUUCUCACACUGAGUGGUGUUAGUCACUGCAUAGAGGUCACAGAGAUGACAAAAGAAAAAACAGGAGCUGGAGGGCUGUGUUCCUGCGCGGGCGCGCACGCGUGCACACACACACACACACACACAAAGCCUUAAGUGGAAGAAUGUCUUAGCUUCAAAAGGCAGAGAAAUAGACUCUUCCUCCCUCCUGUUUCACACAUAGCACGGGGACAGUAAGAUGGAAGGGCUGCUAAAUUAGACAUAUACUUUUCUGCAUACACCUCUCACCUGAAUACAGGGAUUCUAGGUAUUUACCUCUGGCCUACAAAGUCUACCUAUUGCCUCCCUUUUCCUGUUUUCCCAUGAGAACAUGGCUUGGUCAAGGGACCAUUUGUCUUUCUCUUUAAAGCUCCUUUUGAUAUUCUUUACCCUAGAGCUUAUGACCAGAACCCAGAGUUGAUUUAAAAUGUUUUGAAAAAUUGAGGUGGGCCUCUGCCAACAGUCUUUCAAUGGCUGCUCAUCUGUCCAUGGUGAUAGAGGCAAGUGUAAUCAAAAGUGAUUGAUUUGGGAGGUUUGGGAGUUGACAGGCUGGAGAGUUCCAAAGUAUAUUUUGUCACAGUGCCCUCAGGUUGAAGCAAUGAGCUAGAUUCCUUCCUCUGUCCCAUAUUGGGCUACAUGUUCCUCCAUUUAGGGUUGGGGCUUCUAGUUCAUUGACAAAAUCUCUAGUUGCCUUCCUUUCAAGCGGGAGCCUGAUAUUUUUCUCCCAAUAUACAAUUAUUUUCCCCCAUGAAGAGUUCCUUCUCUAAUGUCCCCAUGUAGUAUUAAGUGCACUUUUAAGAAAGGGGCAGGGCAGAAGCUCUAGGGGUGGGGGAGCCCAAGGGAUCAACCUGGAGGGCUCUUUCCCUAGCCAUUCUCAGCCCUUUGUCCUCCUCCAUAGUUGAGAAGACUAUUGCUUUAGUUUCAGAUGACUCUUUCCUUCCACAUGGUGCUAAGGUGGUUUUCUAGGUAACUGUAUGAAUGGAGGUAACUAGUCCAAGCUAAAAAAAAAAAAAAAAUCUGAUAUCUUGAUAUCUAAUAUUAUCUCGAAUGGAAGAUCAGGACCCUCCAGCAGCAGGGCAACCCAUCACCCAGCCUCUUCUAAGGCAGGAAAGAGAGCUCAGUGGGAGGGCCAGCUGGUGAAUAGGGUCCUUCAAGGGAAGGAGGUCCAGUCCCCUUUAUGUGUUGGGCCCCUCUUAGCAAUUAAGGAGAAAGGCAGGGGAAAAAAAAAAUACCAGAGGGGUGUGAAAUAAAUCCAAACUGGUGAUUUUCAACCAUUUUUCAAAACAAAUCUUACAUAGAACCCUGAUAUAAAAAAUAAAAGUAAUGGAGAUGUGGGUGGUUUGCAUUUUCUUUUUUCUUUUUGGUAGAAAUAGCUUCAGUGUUGAGGAGCCCUUAAACAGUCCUAAGGGACCCUAAGGAUUCUAUGGAAUAGUUUGAAAACCAUCAUUCUGAGGAAGGGGUCCAAUCUGCCUCCUCUGCACUAAACCUGCAACUCAGAGAAGAGGGAAAGGGUGGGGUGGAUGGGCCAUGAUGUCUCCAGGCCCAUUUGGAGAGCAAUGAAGGUACUUGUGGGCCUGCAGACUUAGGCUGAUAUCUGCCAGAAGGGCGCCUGCAAGGGGGUUUUAUGUAGUUUUUCCACGGAGUGAUUUAAAGACACAAGAAAAUGCGAAAGUGUAGGACAGGUGAGAGAGGUGACACCAAGGGAGCGGCCUUCUCUGUAGCAAGAUAUAAGGCAAAUAUAACUGACUUACACAAGUAAAAAACACACCCCUCCUCAUCCUCUUCCUGCUCCCCACUUUUACCACAACACUUCCAGAGAGCCAGGGGCACCACAAGGGGCACCUGGCCUGCCCACUCACAUCUGCCAAAAUGUUGCAUGCCAGUGUGGAAGACAAACCAAACUGCACAAACCCCAGUGUGUAUUUAUUUGGUGUACAUAGAUGCCUUUAAAAUAAAAUAAAUUCAAUGAUGA